GGACCCGCUGGCUGUUCAGACGGACUCCCAGAGCCAGUGAGUGGGUGGGGCUGGAACAUGAGUUCAUCUAUUUCCUGCCCACAUCUGGUAUAAAAGGAGGCAGCGGCCCACAGAGGAGCACAGCUGUGUUUGGCUGCAGGGCCAAGAGCGCUGUCAAGAAGAGCCACACGCCCCCCUCCAGCAGCUGAAUUCCUGCAGCUCAGCAGCCACCGCCAGAGCAGGACGAACCGCCAAUCGCAAGGCACCUCUGAGAACUUCAGGAUGCAGAUGUCUCCAGCCCUCGCCUGCCUAGUCCUGGGCCUGGCCCUCGUCUUUGGUGAAGGGUCUGCUGUGCACCAUCCCCCAUCCUACGUGGCCCACCUGGCUUCAGACUUCGGGGUGAGGGUGUUUCAGCAGGUGGCGCAGGCCUCCAAGGACCGCAACGUGGUUUUCUCACCCUAUGGGGUGGCCUCGGUGUUGGCCAUGCUCCAGCUGACAACAGGAGGAGAAACCCAGCAGCAGAUCCAAGCAGCCAUGGGAUUCAAGAUUGAUGACAAGGGCAUGGCCCCCGCCCUCCGGCAUCUGUAUAAGGAGCUCAUGGGGCCAUGGAACAAGGAUGAGAUCAGCACCACAGACGCGAUCUUCGUCCAGCGGGAUCUGAAGCUGGUCCAGGGCUUCAUGCCCCACUUCUUCAGGCUGUUCCGGAGCACGGUCAAGCAAGUGGACUUUUCAGAGGUGGAGAGAGCCAGAUUCAUCAUCAAUGACUGGGUGAAGACACACACAAAAGGUAUGAUCAGCAACUUGCUUGGGAAAGGAGCCGUGGACCAGCUGACACGGCUGGUGCUGGUGAAUGCCCUCUACUUCAAUGGCCAGUGGAAGACUCCCUUCCCCGACUCCAGCACCCACCGCCGCCUCUUCCACAAAUCAGACGGCAGCACUGUCUCUGUGCCCAUGAUGGCUCAGACCAGCAAGUUCAACUAUACUGAGUUCACCACGCCCGAUGGCCAUUACUACGACAUCCUGGAACUGCCCUACCACGGGGACACCCUCAGCAUGCUCAUUGCUGCCCCUUAUGAAAAAGAGGUGCCUCUCUCUGCCCUCACCAACAUUCUGAGUGCCCAGCUCAUCAGCCACUGGAAAGGCAACAUGACCAGGCUGCCCCGCCUCCUGGUUCUGCCCAAGUUCUCCCUGGAGACUGAAGUCGACCUCAGGAAGCCCCUAGAGAACCUGGGAAUGACCGACAUGUUCAGACAGUUUCAGGCUGACUUCACGAGUCUUUCAGACCAAGAGCCUCUCCACGUCGCGCAGGCGCUGCAGAAAGUGAAGAUCGAGGUGAACGAGAGUGGCACGGUGGCCUCCUCAUCCACAGCUGUCAUAGUCUCAGCCCGCAUGGCCCCCGAGGAGAUCAUCAUGGACAGACCCUUCCUCUUUGUGGUCCGGCACAACCCCACAGGAACAGUCCUUUUCAUGGGCCAAGUGAUGGAACCCUGACCCUGGGGAAAGACGCCUUCAUCUGGGACAAAACUGGAGAUGCAUCGGGAAAGAAGAAACUCCGAAGAAAAGAAUUUUAGUGUUAAUGACUCUUUCUGAAGGAAGAGAAGACAUUUGCCUUUUGUUAAAAGAUGGUAAACCAGAUCUGUCUCCAAGACCUCGGCCUCUCCUUGGAGGACCUUUAGGUCAAACUCCCUAGUCUCCACCUGAGACCCUGGGAGAGAAGUUUGAAGCACAACUCCCUUAAGGUCUCCAAACCAGACAGUGACGCCUGCGGGACCAUCUGGGGCACCUGCUUCCACCCGUCUCUCUGCCCACUCGGGUCUGCAGACCUGGUUCCCACUGAGGCCCUUUGCAGGACGGAACUACGGGGCUUACAGGAGCUUUUGUGUGCCUGGUAGAAACUAUUUCUGUUCCAGUCACAUUGCCAUCACUCUUGUACUGCCUGCCACCGCGGAGGAGGCUGGUGACAGGCCAAAGGCCAGUGGAAGAAACACCCUUUCAUCUCAGAGUCCACUGUGGCACUGGCCACCCCUCCCCAGUACAGGGGUGCUGCAGGUGGCAGAGUGAAUGUCCCCCAUCAUGUGGCCCAACUCUCCUGGCCUGGCCAUCUCCCUCCCCAGAAACAGUGUGCAUGGGUUAUUUUGGAGUGUAGGUGACUUGUUUACUCAUUGAAGCAGAUUUCUGCUUCCUUUUAUUUUUAUAGGAAUAGAGGAAGAAAGGUCAGAUGCGUGCCCAGCUCUUCACCCCCCAAUCUCUUGGUGGGGAGGGUUGUACCUAAAUAUUUAUCAUAUCCUUGCCCUUGAGUGCUUGUUAGAGAGAAAGAGAACUACUAAGGAAAAUAAUAUUAUUUAAACUCGCUCGUAGUGUUUCUUUGUGGUCUGUGUCACCGUAUCUCAGGAAGUCCGGCCACUUGACUGGCACACACCCCUCCGGACAUCCAGCGUGACGGAGCCCACACUGCCACCUUGUGGCCGCCUGAGACCCUCGCGCCCCCCGCGCCCCCCGGGCCCCUCUUGUUCUCGUCUUUUUCCCCUUGAUGGAAACUGACCAUACAAUUUCAGCCUCCUUCAGGGGAUCAAAAGGACGGAGUGGGGGGACAGAGACUCAGAUGAGGACAGAGUGGUUUCCAAUGUGUUCAAUAGAUUUAGGAGCAGAAAUGCAAGGGGCUGCAUGACCUACCAGGACAGAACUUUCCCCAAUUACAGGGUGACUCACAGCCGCAUUGGUGACUCACUUCAAUGUGUCAUUUCCGGCUGCUGUGUGUGAGCAGUGGACACGUGAGGGGGGGUGGGUGAGAGAGACAGGCAGCUCGGAUUCAACUACCUUAGAUAAUAUUCCUGAAAACCUACCAGCCAGAGGGUAGGGCAUAAAGACGGAUGUAAUGCACUUUGGGAGGCCAAGGCGGGAGGAUUGCUUGAGCCCAGGAGUUCAAGACCAGCCUGGGCAACAUACCAAGACCCCCGUCUCUUUAAAAAUAUAUAUAUUUUAAAUAUAUUUAAAUAUAUAUUUCUAAUAUCUUUAAAUAUAUAUAUAUUUUAAAGACCAAUUUAUGGGAGAAUUGCACACAGAUGUGAAAUGAAUGUAAUCUAAUAGAAGCCUAAUCAGCCCACCAUGUUCUCCACUGAAAAAUCCUCUUUCUUUGGGGUUUUUCUUUCUUUCUUUUUUGAUUUUGCACUGGACAGUGACGUCAGCCAUGUACAGGAUCCACAGGGGUGGUGUCAAAUGCUAUUGAAAUUGUGUUGAAUUGUAUGCUUUUUCACUUUUGAUAAAUAAACAUGUAAAAAUGUUUCAAAAAAAUAAUAAAAUAAAUAAAUAUGAAGAAUAUGUCAGGACA